AUGAGGGAUUUUCCAGAUCAAAUAGCACAGCUUUGUUUAGAAAAAUAUGAUGAACUUGGUAAGAAUGGUAAACCAUCAAACAAAGAAUGGACUGUGUUAUCAAGUAUAGUAUUAAAAAAAAAGAAUAAUUCACUCUUUUUAGUAGCACUUGCUACAGGAACAAAGUGCUUGGGAAAAAUAGAUUUAAUAAAUACAAACUUAUACGAAGUAGGUUGUAGAUUAAGUGAUUCUCAUGCAGAAGUUCUUGUUAGACGUGCAUUUUUAAGAUAUUUAUAUGAACAAAUUGAUUUUUUACUCAAUGGUGCUACAAGUGAUAUCUUUACAAUAGAUGAUAAGAAAAAAAUUAAACUAAAUGAUGGAAUAUCAUUUCACUUUUUCACAAGUCAAACACCUUGUGGAGAUUGUUCUAUAUUUUUGAAAAAAGAAUUUUAUGAAGAUGAUACUCCUCCAAUGAAAAUAAAAAAAUGUGAUUAUAAUAAUAAAAUAGAAAUAAGAAAGUUAAAUACUGGUAAAAAUAAAAAACAAAACAUAGACGAUAUAUACAGAACUGGAGCAAAAUGUCUUAAAUCUGAAAAAUAUCAAGAUCCUCAUUUGCCUGGUGUAAAUUAUCAUGUGGUUGGGCCACUUCGUACUAAACCAGGCAGAGGAAAUCCUACUCUCAGUCUGUCUUGUUCAGAUAAAAUGGCAAAGUGGAAUAUACUUGGAGUACAAGGAUCACUUUUAUCAUUACUUAUACCUACAAUAAAAAUGGAAACUAUUGUAGUUGGGGGUAAUUCUCCUUUUUCUUUGGAAGCAAUGGAACGAGGGUUGUAUAAACGAUUUGAUGAAAAAAUGUGUAAAUUAAAAAUUGUACAAAGUAAAUAUUCUUUUAAACAACAAAAGGAUUCUGAAAGAAAACAUCCAUGUCCAUCAAGUAUAAUAUGGUGUGCGGUAAAAAAUCGUAAUACUGAGGUAGCAGUUGAGGGUAGAAAGCAAGGAACUACAAAAAAGAAAAAAGGUAGCAAUUUACUUAUAACGAGACGAGCACUUUUUGAAACGUUUUUACGAACUUGUGAAAAAUAUCAACAUUUUGAUUGUAAUAUAAGACAUCCUAAAAAAAUUACUUAUAUAGAUUGUAAAAAAUGGUCUAAAAGUUAUCAAAGUCUAUGGAAUGCCUUAAAAUUAGGACCUUUUCAUGCUUGGCCUACUAAAUCAAUUCACUUACAGACAUUCGUGUUAUAG